CGGCCUCAACCCCCGGCUCGCGCGCACCCCGUACCCGCGCCGCCGCCCCCCGCCUGCGGCCGGACGACGUCUUCAUCGCAGUCAAGACCACCCGGAAGAACCACGGGCCGCGCCUGGGGCUGCUGUUACGCACCUGGAUUUCCCGGGCCCGCCGGCAGACGUUCAUCUUCACCGACGGGGAUGACCCUGAGCUACAGCUUCAGGGAGGCGGUCACGUCAUCAACACCAACUGCUCGGCUGUGCACACCCGCCAGGCGCUGUGCUGCAAGAUGUCAGUGGAGUAUGACAAGUUCAUCGAGUCUGGACGCAAGUGGUUCUGCCAUGUGGAUGAUGACAACUACGUGAACCCCGAAGGCCUGUUGCAGCUGCUCUCCGCCUUCUCACCCAGCCAAGACGUCUACCUGGGGCGGCCCAGCCUAGACCACCCCAUCGAGGCUACUGAGAGGGUACAGGGAAGUGGAACUGUGACCACUGUUAAGUUCUGGUUCGCUACCGGUGGGGCUGGGUUCUGCCUGAGCAGAGGCCUUGCCCUCAAGAUGAGCCCAUGGGCCAGCCUGGGGAGCUUCAUGAGCACAGCCGAGCGGGUGCGGCUGCCGGAUGACUGCACGGUGGGCUACAUCGUGGAGGGCCUGCUGGGUGCUCGCCUGCUGCACACCUCCCUGUUCCACUCCCACCUGGAAAACCUGCAGAGGCUGCCGCCUGACGCCGUGCUCCAGCAAGUCACCUUGAGCUAUGGGGGUCCUGAGAACCCACAUAAUGUGGUGAGCGUGGCUGGGGGCUUCAGCCUGCAGCAGGACCCCACACGGUUUAAGUCCGUCCACUGCCUGCUCUACCCAGACACAGACUGGUGUCCUGUGCAAAAGCAGGGUGACCUCGCCUCACGGUGACCCUCGACCCCUGACC